AUAAAAAAAAUUAUUACGUAAUAUUCUUCUUUAAGCUUCAACCUUUUAUCUUUUAAAAAAAAUUCUUCAAAGUUUGACGUGAUAAUCUAUUCGUAAAGGCACCACCGGAGCUUUAGUUUCUCAAUUUCUCAGGUUGAAAUUGAUUUAAACUGCUGUGUGCUUGAGGAAGGAGUGGUGGAGAUCUUUGUUUGAAUUAAAACAUUUGUAUCUGUUUUGAAACCCUAAGUUUUGAAUUGUGUUUGGGUUGAAUAGAAGCUGCCAAAAUGCUUUCCUUCGAAAUGAAUGAUCGCAAAAAGAUUGGGCUAGGAUUGACGGGAUUUGGAGUGUUUUUCUCAUUCUUGGGGAUCGUGUUCUUCUUUGACAAGGGACUAAUUGCCAUGGGUAAUAUCCUCUUCUUCUCAGGGGUGGCACUGACCAUUGGUCUCAAGUCAUCACUACAGUUCUUUAGUAAACGUAGUAAUUUCAAGGGAACAAUAUCUUUUGGUGUUGGCUUUUUCUUUGUUAUAAUUGGUUGGCCCAUACUGGGUAUGAUUCUUGAGGCAUAUGGAUUUGUCGUACUUUUCAGUGGUUUCUGGCCAACAUUGGCAGUUUUUCUUCAGAAGAUACCUAUUCUAGGUUGGAUCUUCCAGCAGCCCUAUAUCAGAUCGUUCUUUGACCGCUACCGUGGAAAACGUGUACCUGUGUAGUAUCAUUUUCAAAGAUACAAAGCAAACAAGAUUGAUUAGCCCCGCUUGCACGAAUUUGUAAGAUUUUUAUAUCUAGAACAGGAUGAUAGUAAUUGUUUGUUCCUAGUUGGUUGUAUUGGCCUCUCUGUGCUGUAAAUCAGAUCAUGUACCUAGUUACCAAUAUUAUACUUUUGUUUUCUAGAUGAAAGUGGAGAAAAAAACUUGAUCUCCAGAUCUUUAAUCAAUGGUACAAAGCAAGUGUUUUACAUUCUUGCAUAUUGAAAGCAA